AGGCCCACCACGUCAAGCUGCUCACAGGCCUUCAGGCCCACAGCGGCCGAGCGGAGAGCCUGGAGCGUCUCCUGGCGUCAGUGCGGCGUGAAGGCGUGAGAGCUGAAGGCCUGAAGGACGGAGACGACCUGCUGCAACGCUACAGGAAGCUGCAGAGCCAGAGCGCCCUAGAGGCGGAGCUAGAGGCGGAGCUGGACCGGUUCACCGGCCAGGCCGAGGCCACCAGGACCUGGAUAGCCGACCUUGUUCGACCCCUCGCCUCCAAAGAUGGAGACGCCCAGAAAGAGGAGAGGAAGCACCAAGCGCAGGCCGUCCUGAACUCCAGACCGGAGGGAGACUCCAGAGUGACCGACCUGAAGAGGCAACGGGAACAUCUGUGUGGGCGGGAGGAGCUGGACAAGAGCCGCAAACAGGAAGUUCACCGCUCGCUGAGCGAAGCGGAAGAGCAGUGGAGGAUGGCUCAGAGAACGGCCGAGGAGCAGCUCAGGGGGGAGGACACACGAGACCACGGGGACAAAGGAGACCAGGAGCAGAGCAAAGGAGAUCAGGAGCAGAUCAAAGGAGACCAGGAGCAGAGCAAAGGAGACCAGGUGCAGAACAAAGGAGACCAGGAGCAGAGCAAAGGAGACCAGGUGCAGAACAAAGGAGACCAGGUGCAGAGCAAAGGAGACCAGGUGCAGAGCAAAGGAGACCAGGAGCAGAGCAAAGGAGACCAGGUGCAGAGCAAAGGAGAUCAGGAGCAGAGCAAAGGAGACCAGGUGCAGAGCAAAGGAGACCAGGAGCAGAGCAAAGGAGACCAGGUGCAGAGCAAAGGAGACCAGGAGCAGAGCAAAGGAGACCAGGUGCAGAGCAAAGAAGACCAGGAGCAGAGCGACCAGUCGCAUUCGCCUGGUGGUCUCAUCCCAGUUCCAGAAAAGCUCCAGGUUGCAAAGCAGGAGGGCGUCGCCGAGGCCGGACCCGAGAGGGACCUGGACGCUUUCAGAACCCAGAGCGACGGCGUCCAGGUCUGGAUCCAGGAGCAGAAGCAGAAGCUGCUGUCCCUCGGGGGCCACAUGCCGUUUGAGGAAAGGUUAAAGGUCACACAGGCCGUGUUGACCUCCCAACCCGAGGGCCAGUCCAAGCUCCUCCUCCUGACCACGCGGGCCGACGCCCUGUGCGAGCGUCUGGAGGAGGGCGUGAAGCGGGAGGAGGUGCAGCGGGCGGCGAAAGAGGCGGAGCGGCGUUGGAGGAGCGUCGUGACGGCCGCGGCGCAGGCGGAGCUGCGGACGCUGUCGGACGACUUCGACGCUCAGAGCAGAAACACUCAGGCGUGGGUCAGAGAGCGGCAGCAGCGGCUGCAGGCCGUGGGCGGGCACACGCCGCCCGGAGACAGGCGCCACUCGGCUCAGGACAUCUUGAGCUCCAAACCCGACGGCGACUGCACGGUGAACAACCUGAGGAGGCGGGGCCAGAGCCUGUGUGACCACGGGGACGUGGACCAGGGCCGCAGGCUCCACGUCCAGAAGACCAUCCGGGACGUGGAGGAGCAGUGGAGGACGGUGCUGCUCGCCGCCAGGCAGGUGGAGGCCGCCGCCACCGCCCAGAUUACCCAGAAGGCCGAGAGGACGACGUCGGAGCUGAGCGUCUUCGAGAGCCAGCAGCAGGCCGCCAGCAGCUGGCUGGAGGCUCUUCAGCAGCAGCUGGACGCUCUGGGGAGCCGGAGCAGCGCCGAGGACCGACGGCUCGCCUCUCAGACCGUCCUGAGCUCCCGAGGCGAAGGGGAGUCGAAGCUCCAGGAGCUGCGGACGCGAGGCCAGAGCGCAUGUGCUGAGGACCUCACGGAGACCCAGCGGCGACACGUCCAGCAAACGGUCGGCGGCGUGGAGGAGCGCUGGAGGAAGAUCCUGCAGGACGCCAAAGAGGCCGCGGACCUCGCCGAGAGGCAGCGCGCCCUGGAGGGCCGGCGGAGGGACUACGAAGCCGCCAGAGACGACACCAGAGCCUGGCUGCAGGAGCAGCAGCAGAGCCUGGCCUCCCUGGAGAGCCAGGCCGAUCCGGAGGAGACCAUCCGCACCGCGCAGAUCAUCCUGAGCCGUAAGCCCGAGGGAGACUCCAAGCUCACGGAGCUGAGGAGGCACAGCCAGAGUCUGUCCGACCAGGAGGAGCUGGAGGAGGAGGCGCGACGCGAGGCCCAGCAGACGGUCAGAGACUCCGAGGAGCGCUGGACGACGGUGCUGCGGGCCGCCGAGAGCUCGCUGCAGAGCGCCGAGGUGCAGUACUCGCUGUCCAGGGAGCUGGAGGCGUUCCGCGGCCGGGCGGCCGGCACCGACGGCUGGGUGGGGAAGCUGCGGCAACAGGCCGGCGCCCGAGGGGGCGGAGCCCGAGGCAGCCGGGCGGAGAUAGAGGAGCGGCUGACCACGGCUCAGGCGACCUUGAGCUCCAGGUCCAAGGGCGAGGCUCAGCUGAUGGAGCUGAGGAGACGAGCUCAGGGUCUGUGUGAGCAGGCGGACCUGCAGCAGGACACGAAGGUGGAGGUGGAGAAGACGGUGGAGGACGCCGAGCGGCAGUGGAGGGCGGUGCUCCGGGCAGCCGAGGAGACCCAGAGGGAACUGAAGGGCGUGGUGGAGCUCAUGGUGUCCUGUCAGUACCAGCGGGCCCAGGCCGAGACCCGUCUGUCCGAGUUCCAGAAGCAGACGUCCGAGCUGCCGCGCCUCUUCCCCUGGCCGGGCCUGGGGGAGCGGCGGCAGGCGGUGGAACUGGCCCGCACUCUGCUGGACCAGAGCGCCGCGUUGGCCCCGGUCCUCGUGGCCCAGCGCACCAAGGCGGCGGAGCUGUUCGACAUCACACAGGACCCCGGCUGGUCCGACCCGUCCUGGUCCGCCAAGGAGGAGUCCAUCCCUCCUCUGCUGAAGGAGCUCACGGCCGCGGUGGUUCACCUGGAGUUGGGCAUCCAGUCGGAGAGGCAGGUCACGCAGCUGGUAGAGCAGCACCAGGUGGCUCAGGAUUGGCUGAGGGAGCACGUCAGAAGACAGGAGGCUCCACCCCCAGAGGACAGGCAGGGCCUGCACAACGCCGUCAACACGCUGAAGGCUCUGCUCCAGACGGUGGACCGGGAGCAGCGAGAAAUGACGGAUCUGGACUCCGCCCGGGACGGCCUGGUGCCCCUUUGCACCCCCGGGGGUCGGGACGCCCUGACCCUGGAGGUCGGCCACCUCCACGACCUCCUGGCCUCCUCUGAGCGGGCGGCGAGGGGGCGCCUGGUGGCCUUCGAGGAGCGGCUAGAGGAGCAGGACGCUCAGCUGGCGAAGAGGAGCCGGGGCCUGAAGGAGCGAGCCGCCGCCCUGCAGUGGGAGCUGCGCUCGCUGGACGCGGCGCUCGGCUACAGCGUGCCGCAGAACAACGUGGCCCUGCUGCAGCAGCACUGGGGCGGCCUGCAGAACUGUGAGAAGUCACUCAGCGACUUGGGCCUGAAGGUUUGUGACCUUCACCAUGAGGUGAAGGUCACACCGGCCGCUGACGAGCUGCCAACGGAGGUCCUGAGUGUGGUGAAGUCCUUAUGCCAGCAGCACGACAGUCUGAAGUCCCGGCUGAGCGAGCAUCAGGAAACCUGCUGCACCAACACGGCCCGCUGUGUGAUGGACUGUGUGCACGCCCUGCAGGAGUGGAACCACAGCCCACCAGCACGGUCCACUGCUGCUGUGCAGGCGGCGUUGGAUGAAGGUGACAGGUUGCAGGCGAGCCUGAGGGAGGCGCUGUCCCACCAGCCGUUUCUCAAAGACUCUUUGAUGCCGGUGAUGUUUGAGAAGCUGCUGAGCGAAGGUUCAGACACGCUCAGGAAAGCCGACGCACAAAAGGCUGCUCUCAACCAGAGCUUGACGGAACUCGAUGGAAAGAGUAAACCGACGCUGCCUGAUGUCAUUGUCGGGAAUCCCAAGACGUCCGUCAUGGCGCCGCCGCGGAAAAGCAAACGCUCGCCUGAGAAAGAGCAUCAAGCUGAACCUCAGAUGAACGUUCCCUUAACAGGAAGAGGAACAUCUGCAUUUGUUGAGGAAGAGGCUGAAGCGUUAAAGCCUGCCGUGACGGCGGUAGUUGAAGACGUAGCGGUUACUGGUGCGGAGCAAACCAAAAAGGAGGAAUCUCAGCGUCCAUCCAGUCCUUCAGACUCUUUUCCAACUCAACGUUCCAACACUUCUGAAGAUGCCACAGCUGAGCCAAUGAAACCCGCUGUUGAAGAACCCGGACUGAUCAACAAGGUCACUGAGCAGUCUGCACCUGGCGCUGGUGAGAAAAGCACACCUGUACCUUCCAGGAGGAAGUCCAAGGCUUCAGCCACAGACACUUCCAAGACUCAGGUGGAGCCUGAAAAGGUGAAGUCUGUCCUUACUCAAGGGUCACCCAGAAGUCCCAUCGUAACCGCCGUCGUGGAUGAAACGAAGCGAAUCGUGACCGUUGUUCUGGAUGCAUCGGAGCCGUUCACAACUGGCACCAGUAAAGAGUCAAAGAGUCCAGACGUGUCCUUGAAGACUAUUGAUGCUAAACCUGCACAGAUCCAAGGCAACGCUGAGGAUCUCCAAACUUCAGCGGCAAUCACAGAAACGGACGCUGAGCAACCCGAGUCUGUAGGAAAGAGGCAGGAGUCCAAGAGUUCUGAAUGUUCCACGACUUCUAAGCCAGUUUCUACCCAGAGUAUAACUACUGAAGACGAUGCAGAGUUCAAGGAAAGUAAGAAAGAGCCUGAGAGAGCUGCUCAGGAGAUCUCACAGCCAGGAGAAGCUGCUGUUGAGGAAGGAAGUAAACUCUCGCCAACCAAAAGAAAGUCGAAGGAGGAAACACCGACCGCGGUGAAGUCUGACGGUCCGACAUCUUUGCUGAAAUCCAAGGAGCAAACUGAAGCCGCCGGUGUGAAGGAAGAAGCUCCGGUUAUUCUAACCAUGAGGAAGUCAAUGGGUCUCGACGUUUCCACUGUUCCAGAGCCGGUGUCAGGUGUGGCAAAGAAUCCUGAGAGGUCUUCACCCUCUGAGGUUGUUCCAGCUACAACUACACCUGAUGUUUUGGAACAAAGUGAGUUGUUACUACCAAAGCAAAGGUCAACAACGCCCGACCAGCAUGCAGCACAGAUGCCAGAAGAACCUGAAAGUCAGAGCACUGCUUCCAGUUCAAGCGAGCAAAAGUCAAAGAGUUCUGAAGUGACCACAACUUCGCAGCAAAUUGUUGCCCAGAUUAGAACUACUGACGUGGACCCUAAAGAUAACAAGAAAGAACCUGCCAGUGAGAAGUCUUCUUCAACUUCAAAGAAGCUCACAGAACCGGCUAAAACUACUGUGGCAAAAGAAACAAAGCUUUCUCCACCUAAAAGAAGAUCACAAGCUACCGAGGAGGUGGCCGUUAGAAUACAAGAGCCUAAAAGUCAGAAGCCUACGUUGAGCUCCGGAGAGCAAAAUAAAACUGAUGUUGUGGAAGAGGCUAAAUUGACACCACUACCCAGAAGGAAAUCAAAGGGUCUUGAGGUUUCCACAGUUCCAAAUCCAGUGUCCCCCCUUGGUAGAAGUACUGGUGUGGAGAAAAAACAAGGACCUGCAAAUGAUCCCGCAACCCCAGAGUGUGUUCAAGGGCAAGCCACAACUGCUGUUGUUGAACAAAGUAAGCUUCUUCCACCCAAAAGAAAGUCCAAGAGUACAGAGGACCCUCUGAAACCUGUUGCCACUGAGGCACGUCAGACAAAGACAGAAACUAAAGAUCGUAAAUCUUCGUUGAGCACCAAUGAUCAAAAUAAAAGUGUUGUUAAGGAAGAAGCAACGCUUGUGCCAACCAGAAGGAAUUCAAAGGAUCUGCAGCUUUCUCCUGAACUUGCAGUCACAGAGCAGACUAAGACCAAAGAAAAGUUUGACAGUCAGAAGCCAUCUUCAACUCCAGAGGUGGUAACAGCACCAACUGAAAUUAAUGUUGUGGAACAAGGAGAGUGUUCACCCACCCAAGGAAAGUCAGAAGGUCUAAAGGUUUCCACAGAACAAGCUACCAAGGAGAUGAAAAAGACCACGGAAGAGCCUCUCCUUCAAAAGCCAUCUUCAACUCUAGAGGUGCUCACAGCACCAACUGAAAUGACUGUUGUGGAAAAGGGUAAACUUUCACCAACCAAAGAAAAGUCAAAGGAUCUUAAACUGUCCCCAGAUCUUGCUUCCAAAGAACUGACUCGGACCAAAGAAACGUCUGAAAGUCAGAAGUCAUCUUCAACUCCAGAGGUGGUAACGGCACCGACUAAAAUGACUGUUGUGGAAAAAGCAGAGUGUUCACCUACCAAAGAAAAGUCAGAGGAUCUAGAGGUUUCCACAGAAUGUGUAACCACAGAGCUGACAAAGACCAAAGAAGAGCUUGACAGUCAGAAGCCAUCUUCAACUCCAGAUAUGGUCACAGCACCAUCGGAAACUACAGACAUUGCUUUUGUGGAAAAGGAUAAAGUUUCACCAACGAAAAGAAAGUCAAAGGGUCUGAAACUUUCCCCAGAACCUGCUUCCACAGAGCUGACUCAGACCAAAGAAAAGUCUGAAAGUAAGAAACCAUCUUUAACUCCAGAGAUGGUAACAGCACCAACUAAAAUGACUAUUGUGGAAAAAGGAGAGCGUUCACCUACCAAAGGAAAGUCAGAGGGUCUCACAGUUUCCACAGAACUGACAAAGACCAGGGAAGAGUGUUUUCUUCAGAAGCCAUCUUCAACUCCAGAGGUGGUAACGCCACAGACUAAAAUUACUGUUGUGGAGGAAGCUGAUCUUUCACCAAUAGAGUCAAAGGGUCUAAAACAUUCCCCCGAUCUUGCUACCACAGAGCUGACAAAGACCAAGGAAGAGCUUGACAGUCAGAAGCCAUCUUCAACUCCAGAGAUGAUCACAGCAAAAACGGAAAUAAUUGUGGAGAAAGGAAAGCUUUCACCUCCCGAAAGAAAGUCAAAAAGUCUUAAACCUUUCACAGACUUCAGUAGCAUGGAUUUGUCUGAGACCAAGGAAGAGGUUGACGGUCAGAAGUCUUCCCUGGAUUUCAAGAGUUCAGAAGUUAAGGCUGAUAUUCAAUCAAGUGUCCCAGUGAAAUCUGCUGAGGAGAGUCAAACAACUGUUAAGAACUUCAGUCCAGUGUGUGAGAAGGUUCCUGUUCCUGUUGCUGGCAUUCCAUCAGAAAGAUCUCGUCCUGAACCUCUGGAGUCUGUCCUUUCACCCAUUACCACCAUACGUAAAGGUUCACUUUCUGAGUCUCAAGAGGCUUCACAACAAGCCACUACCCUGUCUACAGAAAGGGACUCGAGUACAGCGCCUCAAACACAACCCCCUCUCUCAACCGAGCCUUGCGCUUUGUCAGACCACAUAGACAAGUUGUGGAAAAACACUGGGGAAAUUGAGAAGAGAUAUUUGGUCCUGGAAUUGCCUGAAGUAGAUUUUGCCGAAACAUGGGAGAUGAACCCAGAUCGGCAUGAGACGAAGGGUGUUGCUGAAGGGUCCCCCACUCAACUUGGGGAACCGGAAAGACCCAAAAAGGUCAAGGAUCGUGAGGUGCAAGAAGUGGACGCUAGGGUUUUGACCAGAACCGUUAGCAUUGAGAAAAUCCAGAUUAGGCCUGAAGUACGCAUCCUACAACUAGAUAUACCGACCCCUGUGGAGAAGGAUCAAAACACAUCUGUGACGGGAACAAACGAGCCAAGAAUAGUUGUUCAAAAAAGUAUCCAGAGUGAAAGAGCCCAAGAAAACAAAGAUGGUACUACACUUGAUGUUAAGACAGAGAAGGCUGCCGAGGUGGCUCAUAGUGACUCCACUCAACCCCCCUCGGCUCUUUCUGUAGCAGUGCAGCCGAGUAAAGCGGAGACACCAUGUGCAGAAGUAAGCUCAUCUGACCAAGAUUCCGUCAAACCAAGCGAAACAGGGAUUGAACAAGAGCUACUGAAAACCACACAGGUAAGACCCAAAGAGGACAAUGAAUGUGAUGUGAAAAAAAUGCAUGAUAAAGUGUCCACGAAAGAUGUGCAUGAUGCAUCCCAGAGCAUGGAUAACAAGUUUGUUAAGAUGGAAAAAAGCUACAAAGGGGACGGAGUUCAGAGUUUACAACCAGGUACCCAGGCCACGAUAAAGCUGCAUGAUAUGUCAUCCGUUAUAAUGGCAAAUGCACCAAUGAUUGAUAUAAAUCAAAUGAGUAUCCAGGGUGAAAGAGAGCAUGACAACAAGGACUUAAAUGUUCCUGACCCUACUGACAUUGCUUCUAAGGAAAAGGGUAAACAUUCACCAACAAAAGUAAGUUUAAAGGGUCUGAAACUUUCCCCAGAGCUAGAAAGUAAGCAGCCAUCUUCAACUCCAUAUGUGGUAACGGCAAUAACUGAAGUUACUGUUUUGGAAGAAGUUACCACAGAGAUGAAAAAGACCAAGGAAGAACCUCACCUUCAAAAGCCAUCUUCAACUCCAGAGGUGGAAACAUCAAAAACUGAAAUGAUUGUUUUGGAACAAGGAGAGCUUUCAGAAACCAAAGAAAAGUCAAAGGGUCUUGAACAUUCCCCAGACCUUGCUACCAAGGAGCUGACAAAGACCAAGGAAGAGCUUGACAGUCAGAAGUUAUCUUCAACUCCGGAGAUACUAACAUCACCAACUGAAAUUACUGUUGUGGAACAAGGAGAGCAUUCACCUAUCAAGGGAAAGUCAGAGGGUCUAGUAGUUUGCUCAGAAAUUGCUACCAAAGAGCUGACAAAGACCAAGGAAGAGCUUGACAGUCAGAAGCCAUCUUCAACUCCAGAGAUGGUAACGGCAAAAACAGAAAUGAUUGUUGUGGUAAAAGGUAAACUUUCAGAAACCAAAGAAAAGUCAAAGGGUCUUGAACUUUCCCCAGACCUUGCUACCAAGGAGCUGACAAAGACCAAGGAAGAGCUUGACAAUCAGAAGUCAUCUUUAACUCCAGAUGUGGUAACGGCAACAACAGAAAUGAUUGUUGUUGAACAAGGAGAGCGUUCACCUACAAAAGGAAAGUCAAAGGAUCUAACAGUUUCCACAGAGCUAGCUACCACAGAGAUGAAAAAGACCACGGAAGAGCCUCACCUUCAAAGGUCAUCUUCAACUCCAGAGGUGGUAACAGCACCAACUGAAAUUAAUGUUGUGGAACAAGGAGAGUGUUCACCCACCCAAGGAAAGUCAGAAGGUCUAAAGGUUUCCACAGAACAAGCUACCAAGGAGAUGAAAAAGACCACGGAAGAGCCUCACCUUCAAAGGUCAUCUUCAACUCCAGAGGUGCUCACAGCACCAACUCAAAUGGCUAUUGUGGAAAAGGUUAAACUUUCACAAACUGAAAGAAAGUCAAAGGAUGUGCAGCUUUCUCCUGAACAUGCAGUCACAGAGCAGACUAAGACCAAAGAAAAGUCUGAAAGUCGGAAGCCAUCUUCAACUCCAGAGGUGGUAACGGCAACAACUGAAAUGACUAUUGUGGAAGAAGCAGAGGUUUCCCCUACCAAAGGGAAAUCAGAGGGUCCAACAGUUACCACAGAGAUGAAAAAGACCAAGGAAGAGCCUCACCUUCAAAAGCCAUCUUCAACUCCAGAGGUGGUAACAUCAAAAACAGAAAUGAUUGUUUUGGAACAAGGAGAGCUUUCAGAAACCAAAGAAAAGUCAAAGGGUCUUGAACAUUCCCCAGACCUUGCUACCAAGGAGCUGACAAAGACCAAGGAAGAGCUUGACAGUCAGAAGUCAUCUUCAACUCCUGAGAUAGUAACAUCACCAACUGAAAUUACUGUUGUGGAACAAGGAGAGCAUUCACCUAUCAAGGGAAAGUCAGAGGGUCUAGGGGUUUCCUCAGAAAUUGCUACCAAAGAGCUGACAAAGACCAAGGAAGAGCUUGACAAUCAGAAGUCAUCUUUAACUCCAGAUGUGACGGCAACAACAGAAAUGAUUGUUGUUGAACAAGGAGAGCGUUCACCUACGAAAGGAAAGUCAAAGGAUCUAACAGUUUCCACAGAGCUAGCUACCACAGAGAUGAAAAAGACCACGGAAGAGCCUCACCUUCAAAGGCCAUCGUCAACUCCAGAGGGGCUCACGGCACCAACUGAAAUGGCUCUUGUGGAAAAGGUUAAACUUUCACAAACUGAAAGAAAGUCAAAGGAUGUGCAGCUUUCUCCUGAACUUGCAGUCACAGAGCAGACUAAGACCAAAGAAAAGUCUGAAAGUCGGAAGCCAUCUUCAACUCCAGAGGUGGUAACAGCAACAACUGAAAUGACUAUUGUGGAAGAAGCAGAGGUUUCCCCUACCAAAGGGAAAUCAGAGGGUCUAACAGUUACCACAGAGAUGAAAAAGACCAAGGAAGAGCCUCACCUUCAAAAGCCAUCUUCAACUCCAGAGUUGGUAACAUCAAAAACAGAAAUGAUUGUUUUGGAACAAGGAGAGCUUUCAGAAACGAAAGAAAAGUCAAAGGGUCUUGAACAUUCCCCAGACCUUGCUACCAAGGAGCUGACAAAGACCAAGGAAGAGCUUGACAGGCAGAAGUCAUCUUCAACUCCUGAGAUACUAACAUCACCAACUGAAAUUACUGUUGUGGAACAAGGAGAGCAUUCACCUAUCAAGGGAAAGUCAGAGGGUCUAGUAGUUUGCUCAGAAAUUGCUACCAAAGAGCUGACAAAGACCAAGGAAGAGCUUGACAGUCAGAAGCCAUCUUCAACUCCAGAGAUGGUAACGGCAAAAACAGAAAUGAUUGUUGUGGUAAAAGGUAAACUUUCAGAAACCAAAGAAAAGUCAAAGGGUCUUGAACUUUCCCCAGACCUUGCUACCAAGGAGCUGACAAAGACCAAGGAAGAGCUUGACAAUCAGAAGUCAUCUUUAACUCCAGAUGUGGUGACGGCAACAACAGAAAUGAUUGUUGUUGAACAAGGAGAGCGUUCACCUACGAAAGGAAAGUCAAAGGAUCUAACAGUUUCCACAGAGCUAGCUACCACAGAGAUGAAAAAGACCACGGAAGAGCCUCACCUUCAAAGGCCAUCUUCAACUCCAGAGGGGCUCACAGCACCAACUGAAAUGGCUCUUGUGGAAAAGGUUAAACUUUCACAAACUGAAAGAAAGUCAAAGGAUGUGCAGCUUUCUCCUGAACUUGCAGUCACAGAGCAGACUAAGACCAAAGAAAAGUCUGACAGUCAGAAGCCAUCUUCAACUCCAGAGGUGGUAACAGCAACAACUGAAAUGACUAUUGUGGAAGAAGCAGAGGUUUCCCCUACCAAAGGGAAAUCAGAGGGUCUAGUAGUUUGCUCAGAAAUUGCUACCAAAGAGCUGACAAAGACCAAGGAAGUGCUUGAUAGACAGAAGUCAUCUUUAACUCCAGAUGUGGUAACAGCAAAAACAGAAAUGAUUGUUGUUGAACAAGGAGAGCUUUCACCUACCAAAGAAAAGUCAAAGGGUCUUGAACAUUCCCCAGACCUUGCUACCAAGGAGCUGACAAAGACCAUAGAAGAGCUUGACAGUCAGAAGUCAUCUUCAACUCCUGAGAUAGUAACAUCACCAACUGAAAUUACUGUUGUGGAACAAGGAGAGCAUUCACCUAUCAAGGGAAAGUCAGAGGGUCAAAAGGUUUCCCCAGACCUUCCUACCAAGGAGCUGACAAUGACCAAGGAAGAGCUUGACAGUCAGAAGCCAUCUUCAACUCCAGAGAUGGAAACGGCACCAAGUAUUGAGAUGGUUAGUGACGGACAAACUCCAGUUAAGGCUGAUGUUAAAUCAAGUGUCCAUCAAAAUGUUAAAUCUCAAAGUGAGUCCAUUAAACCCCCCUCGGCUGCUCCUGUCGCAGUGCAGCCGAGUGAAGCAGAGACACCGUGUGCAGAAGUAAGCUCAUCUGACCAAGACUCUGUCAAAAAAAGCGAAACAGGGAUUGAACAAGAGUUCCUGAAAACCACACAGGUAAGACCCAAAAAGGACAAGGACGGCAAAGAAAUUCACGCUACAGUGCACGACGCCCCCCAGAGCCUGGGAGACGUCCACGUGAGUGUACAUCAACACAAAACACUCACAAAAGAAAAGGAGGCAAGGAAGGAAUCAAGUGCCCCGUUUGAGACUGAGGUCACCGCCGCUGACGUCCAGCCGGCCGAGUCUUCAUUUCACAUGACCACGGUGGAGGAGCGAGAUAGUUUCACCGUCGCCCUGACAACAGAUGCAAAGGAAGUUAAGGGGGAAGACGGCAAGAAGGGAAAGAAGAGGGAGCAUGUAACAAUACAAAAUGUUCCACUCACACCGGCCGAGAUGGCCUCUCCUGGUGCAGAGCGGCUGCAGAGAGAGGACGUGCCCCAGCGAGAGGAGGUGGGCACGGCCGACGAGACGCCGCCCGCAUCCCUGCAGGCGCUGGAUGAGUUCCCAACUGACGCUCCCCGUGGGGGGCUGACGCUGGUGGAGGGUCUGACCUCUCGGGGGAACACGGCUCCGGCGGAAGCGAGUGCUGUGGACACUGAGGAGCUCCUCCUGGAGGAACCGGAGGGAUCCGUCAUGAGGAACAUCUUCACAGAGAUACAGCUGCUCUCUGGGAAAGUACCCAGCAGUCCGCUCACCAAGGGGAGCCGACUGGAGGACGCUCCGGAGGCUCUGAUGGGGUCCGCCAGCAAUCUGGAGCUCCAGAGGCUAGUGUCCAAAGUCCUGAGCUGCCAGAGCUGCCCCGCUGAGCUCGACUCGACCGCAAUGGCCCGGCAGCUGGAGGAGGCGCAGCGCUGCAUCGCCACCGCCCGGGCCCAGGUGGCCCUGCUCUCUGAGCUGAGGGCGGCUGAUGGUGAGGACGAGGACGCUCGGCAGCAGGUGGAGGAGCAGUGGAGCGCCGCCGCCGAGGACGCGGCCGCCGCCGCCCGCAGGACAGAGACCCGGCUGCAGCUGGUGACGGAUUACUGCAGACAGACGGGAGCAGCCGAGGCCGCGCUGCAGAGACUCACCGCAGAGCUGGAGGCUGUGACACGGUCCCCGGAGGAGAGCAGCUGCAAGCAGGCAGAGCGCCUGUGCUCCCUCCAGAGGAGCAUGGAGGAGAACCGGGCGCUGCUCGGGGACUUGCUCCUCACCCAAACCCAGUUAUCCCCGAGCCUCAGCUGGUCUGAGCGAGCCACCGCACAGAUGGAGCAGAAGACCCUGCAGGAGGGCUGGAGAGGCCUGGAGAGCGCCGUGGAGAGGACGCUGUACCACACACACGUCCGCACUCACGACUCCAGCGGCCUUCUGGCGGCGCUGGCGGGCCUCCACCGACAUCUGGAGACCAUCGGCAAAGACCUGGAGCCGUCCUCGGCUCCUCAGUGGACCUGCAAGAAGGGUCAGCGGCUGAUGGUCGCCAACGCCGAGGUCAAGGCCGCGCGGCAGAGAUACCUCCUGUUGCAGCGGCAGUCUGAGGCGACGCUCCUCGGCUCGCCGAGGGAGAAGGACGCAGCGCGGCUGCAGGACGGCCUGCGCAGGGUCACGGACCAGCUGUGCCACACGGAGGAGCUGGUGUCCUCUCAGACGCAGAGCAGCAGCAGCCCCAUCAUGGAGAAGAUCAUCUUGGUGUUGAGGGACGGCCUCGCCUGGGCCAAGCAGACGGAGAGCGACAUCGAGGGCAGGAGGAAGAGGGUGGCGCUCCUCCCAGAGGAGGUGCACCGGCAGCUCCGAGAUCUGAAGACGCUGCAGUCCGAGGUCAUGUCGAAACAGGUCCAACUGGAGUCCCUGGCGGAGGAGGUGACGGAGCUUUUUCCACAGCUGGACCAGGAUGAGGAGGUGCCCGUGGUGCGCUCCUCCCUGAAGACCCUCGAGGAGCUCUCAAAGUCCACCACAGAGGAGCUGGCCAACGCCGUGCGGGAGCUCGAGUGGGGUCUGCAGACCAGAGAAAAGCUGUCGGCGCAGAUCGCCGACCUGGACUCGUGGGUUCUGGCCCAUCUGCACGGAGAGGCCUCCAGGGCUCCGGACGGGGAGCUCAGGAGCCCCACGGAGCUCGAUCGUAGAGCCCGUCAGAUCCGAGAGACCCUGGCCGAGGCUGAGAAGCAGGCCGCCGUCUGCGAGGCGCUCCUCAUGCUGAGCAGAGACAUCGCCUCUGAGCUCAGCAUCACGGAGAACCUGCAGCUGUUCGACAAGCUGUGCGCCCUGCGGGACGACGUCCGGGCCAUCAGCGGCUACGAGAAGGCCAACAAGACGGAGAUGGACCAACUCGCCCAGACCGUGGAGUCGAGCAGGAAGCAGCUGGUCGCCGUGGAAACCAGCCUAAGGCAGAUGUCUGGAGAUCUGAGUCGACACCGGUUCCCCAUCACGAGCGAGUCCCUUCAGGCUCUGGAGCCUUUGAAACGCGUGAUUCUGGAGCACAAGUCCCAGGUGGACCUGCUGCAGCCGUGGAUUCCCCGAGAGAAGACGAGGGAGCUGCACGCCGCCGUCUCGGAGCUCCUCGGCAGCAUCGUCGCGCUGGAGACCAAAGCCCGCGGUCACGAGCGGUACCUGACCAAGAGGCAGUGCGUGGAGGACCUCAGGGAGAGCGUCCAGGAGCAGGUCUGUCGGACCAAAGACGACAGCAAGGCGCUGGAGGACAAGUACAAAGUGUGCCAGACGCUCCUGAUCCGGCUGCCGCUCAUCAAGCACAUGUCGGAGGAGGCCGGCCGCGAGCUGCAGGCCAUCUCCAGCGACCUCUACCCCUCGCAGCUGAGCAGCGAGCGGCAGCGGCUGAAGUGCAACCAGGAGAGCCUGGACACGCUGGAGGUGAUGCUCUACAACAACCUGAGCAUCAUGGAGUGGAACCUGCUGGAGCAGCUGGACCUGGGCGUGGAGCGGGAGGCCACCCUGGCCUUCCUCCGCAGGAGCCAGCAGGAGCUCUGGGAACCCCCCCCGCUGGAGCCCAGCGAGACGGCCCUGGACCUCCGGUACCAGAGGGUCUUGUCUCUGAGGAGGACCGUGGAGUCCAGGGUGAGGGCGCUGGAGGUUCUGGAGCAGAAGCAGGGACCCGGCCGAGGAUCCCAGGAGCUGAGCGGCCUGAAGGCCGAGGUGCUCGGGGAAUGCGACUCACAAAUGGGGAACAUCUCCCGGGCCAAAGAGUCUCUGAGCAGCUACACGGCCGCCGUGCGCCAGGCGGCGCUCUUCCUGAGGCACGUGGAGGUCUCUCUGCUGCCCCCGCAGGGCUCCACCGGACUCUGCGCCGACCGGCUGGAGGAGACCCAGCGGGCCUUGGCCUCGCUGCAGCAGGACUUUCAGACCCACGUGGAGCGCCUCCAGAACCAGGGCCCGCCGCACCCUUACCUGUGCCCCGAGAGGGUGAAGCGGCAGCGGGAGGACGUCCUGAGCCGGCUGAUAGUGAGGAUGUCCACGCUGCAGGCCGAGGGCCACCUGAGGCUGGAGCGCCUCGCCAGCUGCGCCCAACAUCACAGGAAAUACACCGAGAGCCGAGAUGAAAUCCUCCAGAGCGCCAUGAGCUCGGCCGGCAGCCUGUCGCUCUGUAUCGAUCAGAAGGUCACGCAACUCGCCGACUGCACCGACCAGCACGACCAGCUCACCGUUCUGCGUGAGGAGGCGGAGUCUCUUCAGAGCCGCCUGGAGGAGCUGAAGGAGUGGUGCCCGGAGCCGAGCUGCCGCGGAGGUCGCGACGGGGCCGCGGCCGCCGUCUGGAAGCUUGUGUCGAGACUCGGCCGCUGCACGCGAGACCUGACGGCUCGCAGCCAGCAGAGGAUCAGAGAGUGGAUCCACGUCACCGGCGGGGUGGAGAAGGCCGCCGCCCUCCUGGACCACGUCGAGGCGGAGCUUCCCGACGGAUCCGGGGCGAAGGCCUCCUCCGCCGAGGACCUGCAUGACCUGCUGCAGUCCUGGGACCAGUAUCAGGACCGGCUGGACUGCGAGCACCGCGCCCUGUCGGCGCUGGAGCUGCGCGGCGCCAGGCUGCUGGGAGUCCCCGCCCACCUGGAGCGGGCGCCACCCGCCCCGCUCUGUCAGCGGCUGCAGGCCAUGCAGGGUCGCUACGACAGUGUGAAGCAGAGGAGCAGGGAGGGCCUGGCGGAGGCCCGGGGGGAGCAGGAGGAGAGGGAGCAGCUGCACAAGGAGCUGCAGGACGUCCAUGUGUGGCUGGAGGCCGCAGACGGUGUCCUGUCGGAGAUGGAGCAGAGCAGCAGCACGCAGGAGCUGGAGGAGGUCGACGGCCAGCUGUGUACCCAGAAGGCUUUGCUGCAGCGCAUCGCCGACAGCCUAAAGAGGAAGUACUCCGAGGCGAACGCUGCGGUGCCGCCGGAGCUGGAGGCCGAGCUGCAGGAGGUCAUGCAGGCGCUGAUGCUGGUGGAAGUGAAGGUGGUGGAGGCGGUGGAGAGGAGCGGCGCCGUCUACCGGCUGGGCGCCAAGCUGACGGAGAUCCUGUCCGGCCUGAACUGCGUCCAGAAGAGACUCGAACAGAAGAGCCCCAACGUGACCGAGGCCAAGUUCACCCAGAAGCGCACGUGGGACGAGCUGGACGUGUGGCACUCGUGCGUGGCGGCGCUGGAGGUGGACAUGCAGGACCUGGAGACGCCGGAGGAGGUGCUGGUCCUCACCGAGAGGUUGGUGGAGGUGCAGCAGCUCCACUCCCUCCUGGCCAAGCAGGCGGAGCAGAGGACCACCCUCAUCAGCAAGAUCCACAUGUGGCUCAAGGAGCACCAGGAGAUGAUCAACAGCUCCAAGAGCUGGAUGGCCGAGGCCAAGUCGUGGCUGGCGACGCCGUGCAGCUACACUACGUCCAAGUGCCUGAGCGGCCACGUGCACAUGCUGCAGACGGUGUUGGACGACUCGGCCCAGAUCCGAUCCGCGCUGCAGGGCUUCGGCUGCGUCCUGAAGGAGAUGUCUCAGGUCUACGACGUCACGGCUCACCGGCUGCAGCUGGACGAAGCCGACCAGCAGGUGGCCGUCGUCCAGGAGGCCUUCGCCGCUCCUCUGGCUCACCUGGGCCACGCCGCCGAUGAGGUGGAAGCCAUCGAGAAGGAGGUCAGACUGAUGGAGAACAACGUGGCUGAGAUCAAGAACUUGUUGUCUUCUCCAGAGACUUUCCCCUCCCCCAAAGAGGAGCAGCUCAAGCUUGUGGAGCAGAAGAUCCAGACCAUGAGGACGACCAUCGCCGAGAUCCAGAAGUGCAAACAAGACCUUUGUCUCCCGGAGACGGCUGAGGACACGUUGGUUGUCUUCACGGUCGUGGAACAGCUGCAGAGUCUACUGCUGGAUCUGGAGAAGAAGGUCCCUGCUCUGUUCAUCCAGCAGCCGCCGACUCCGACGCAAACCAAAGCUCCGUCCGCUCAGCAGAAGACCUCCGGACCCCUAAAGGUCACUUCAGAAGAAACGACCUCCGGACCCCUAAAGGUCACUUCAGAGGAGACAACCUCCGGACCUUUGAAGGUCAUUUCAGAGAAGGCGACCUCGGCACCCCUGAAGGUCACCUCAGAGGAGGCCGAGAAGAAAGACGUGGACCAGGGGCACAUCCGUGUUAAGAAGGACGUGCAGAAGGAAUCCGGGGCGUCGUGGCAGACGGUGGAGCAGUCCUCACCUGAGCAGAGACAUGACGGCACUCAGAGGGAGCGUCGGGUCGGGCUCCAGGCUACCGGGUCCACGGGGGUCACGGGGGCCACAGGGACCACAGGGUCUAUGGAAUCUACCGCGUCCACGUGGGCCACAGGGACCAUGGAGUCCACAGAGCAAACAGGGAGUCAGGAGCAGAGAGAGGAAGGAGGUGGCAGAGGUGCUUUGUGGUGGCUCUGGGAUGCUUUCCUGGCCGCUUCGCCAGAGGUUCCUCUGGUACCUGAAGAGGCUCCAGGGGCCACUGGACGAGGCCCCGAGAGACAGGAUGUUCAGGGUCCCGAAGCAAGUACCUCGUCGGCGUCCUCGACCCCCCCGGGGACAGUCCCCGCUCAGUCCCCGUCCCGGAGCUUGGACCCGGAGGAGCCCCAGCAGCUUGGGUCCCGCCCGCAACAAGGUGUCCUCCAUGUGUGCCUGCAGAGGGUCGGCCAGCUGGAGCUGUGGCUGCGUGACGCCCGGAGCAGCCCAGUAGCCAUGCAGGACAACGUGGAGCAGCAGCUCCUCACCUGCCAGGAGAUGUUCCUGGAGAUCGAGCACAGCGUCUCCGGCCUGUCUCCAGCUGACCGGCUGCAGGACGAGGCGGUGGAGCUGCUCUCCUCCAAACUGGAGCUCCUGAAGACCAAUCUGGUUUCCUUCCAGCGGCUGCUGCAGGACAGACAACGGGAGGAGAGGAGGGAGCCUCAGGGACCUCGAGAGCUUCAGGAGCCUCCUCCUCAAGCCCCGGCUCCUCCUCCUCAGGCCCCGGCUCCUCCUCCUCAGGCCCUGGCUCCUCCUCCUCGCCGGGUGCAGCGCAGCAGCAGCGUGCAGGAGGUGUUCUCCUCCCCGAAAAACAAGCUGCUCAGACAGAGCAGCCUGCAGCAGCAGAAGGAGUUUGAGCAGCAGCUGAGUGAACAGAGAGGACUGACUCAGGCCAUCGCCCGGCAGGGGGGCCGGGGCCAGAGCCAGGGACCACAAGGCCAGGAACCAGAGGCCCACAGCACGCUGCAGCAACGGUCACCUCCUGCUGAGGCCGAUGAGGAGGAUGCCGCUCACAGGAAGUGGGACGUCCUUCACAGCCGGCUGCUGUCUCUGGAGGAGCUCUGGCUGCUUCCUCCCUCUGAGGUGGCAGACUCAUCUACAAGGCGCCGCCACGGAGCAGCGGGACACCUGAUUGGCUCAGAGGCCGCGAAAGAGCUCCAGGCCCACGGCGGCCGUCUGAGAGAGCUGGGACUCACGGCGGAUCAGACCUCCUUUGUGGGCGGCACCCAUCGGACGCUGGACGAGGGUCUCUUCCUGGUCCUGACCUCCAUCACCAGCCGGCUGCAGCCACCUGCUGGCACGCCACAAGAGGGCGACGCAGAGCAGAGGCAGCUGGAGAGUGUGUCUGCAGAACUCGUCGCACUCGGCAGCGAUCUGGCCUCUCAGGGGUCAAAGGUCAGCGGCCUCCUGGACUCCGGGGCUCGGCGCUGCGUGGACGCUCUCGGUCGAUUGCUUCCCGUGGUUCGCUCCUCGCUGAGCAGCAGAGAGAAGCAGCUCGCCGACCAGCAGGGGGAGCUGACGAGGAACCGGGCUGUGGUUGAGCUGCAGGAGGCUCUCCAGCAGCAGGUGAGCUCCCUGCUGCUGGAGGCUCACCUGUCUCCCUCUCUGGCCCAGCAGGCUUCGCGGCUGCAGGGGGAGCUGGACGGUUCUCUUGGUGGCGUUCUCUCGCGCCGCGAGGAGCUCUCGGUCGGCGUGGAGCUGCAGCGCCACUACGAGCGUCUGGUCCGCGGCCUGGAGGGGCUGCUGGCUCUGGGCGCCGCACGCCUGGCCCGGCGGCCCGAUGCCGAGCUGCACGGCCGAGCCCAGCUGCAGCAGCGGCUCGCCGCUCACAUGAAGUUCUUCCGGUUCCUGGGCCACCACCUUCACAUCCUGCAGCAGCUGACCCGGAGGGUCCCGGACAGCGCCCUCCAGAGGUGGGAGGGCGUAGUGACGGGCCUGCAGAGCGAGGUGGUCCGACUGCAGCGGCUCGCACUGGAGGAAGGGACCAGGAUGCAGGAAACCAUCGAGACCUGGUCCCAGUGGGAGGAGGACAGCGCCUGGUCCGACUCCUCGCUGACAGCCAUCGAGACUUCAUUUCCCAAGAUGCACCAGGGGGGCGACCCUGAGGAGCUCUCCGUCUACCGGGAGCUGCGUGGCGCUCUGGAGGGCCACAAGGCUCGGUUCAGUCGGAUGCUGGAGGCGGGGCUCUGGCUGAAGGGGGCGGGCCUCAGGGCGGUGGGCGUGGCCACCAGCCAGCUGGAGGCCCGGUGGAGACAUCUGCACAGGAAGCUGGAGCACUGCUGCAGCAACAGAGACAGGAACAGGAAGCUGAGCGGCAGGUUUUCUCGUGACGCUGCUCUACUGGCUGACUGGAUGGGCGGAGCCAGAGAGAUGAUUGACACAUGCAGUCGGCUCUCAGCUGAGGAGGAGGCGGAUGUUGACCAGAGGCGAGACCACUUCCUCCAGUCUGUGACUUUGAGCAAAGAGCUGGAGGCCAAAUCUGGACUGAAGGCGUCUGUCAUCUGUGCUGGAAGCCAGCUGGUAGAGCUGAGGGAGGAGGACCAGGAGGACCAGGAGGACCAGGAGGACCCGGACCUCCUCUCCGUGGCAUCCCGGCUCAGGCGGGUGGAGCUGGUCUGGUCCGGCCUGCUGGCCGACGCCCCCGUGGUCCAGAGCGCUCUGCACGCGCGAUGGAUGAAGACGUUGAGCCAGCAGGGGGCGCUGCUGGAGCUGCAGGCCUGGCUGGAGGCCGGCGAGUCCAGAGUCGGCCUUACCUCCUCCUCCUCCUCCUCCAGCGCUGACCUGCGUGAGCUGCAGAGACGCUGCGAGGAGUGUCGGAUAGAGAUGUCGGCCCACCGGGCCACGCUGGACUACGUGAGCCGGCCGUUGGAGGCGUGCAGCGCCGGGGACGGCCAGUGGGGGCGCUGUGAACAGAACCGGUUUGCAGAGGAGCAGGGUCUGCUCGGCCUCCGGUGGCUCGACCUGCAGGAGACACUCAACGCUCGGCUGCAGGAGGCGGAGCAGCAGCUGAGGAGCAGAGCGGAGCGAGAGGCCCGACUGCAGCAGACCAACGGCUGGAUGUCGGAUCAGAACCUCUGGAUGGACUCGGCUCAGAGGCCCAGCAGCUGGGAGGAGCUGCAGGGGAGCAUCGCCACCUGUCAGGACCUGGAGGAGCAGCUGGGGUGGAGCGGUGCGUCUCUCCAGGAGCUGCGAGACGGAGGAGAGGACAUCAGCUGUGGCUUCCUCUCCAGGGCGGAUGAAUCCAUCAUGGCCGCUGCAGCGCUCUCACAGCGGCGCUCCUCGUUGCUCCAGAGGCUGACGAAGGCCGGGCAGCGGUGGGACGGCGUGCGGCGGCGUCUGCGUGAGACGAGGCUGAGGACGGCGAGGACGUCUCAGACGCUGGAGCGCCACGCCGACUCGCCGCUCUGCCUGCAGGCGCUCAGAGCGCUGCGUGACGCGCUGCAGCGUCUUCGAGAGGAGACGGACGCCUCGGAGACUGAGGGGGAGGAGCUAAGUCUGAGUGCCUCGUCACUCGGAGACGCUGUGAGUCAGGAGGCCGACGCCCUCAUUAAGGAGGAGCUGGAGAGAGAGAGAGACAGCUGGACGCUGGUGUCCGUGGCGUUGGACCGCCGCCUCCUCUGGUGCCGCGGCGUCCUGCCGCUGUGGGAGGAGUUUGGCCGGCUGGCCGCGGCGGCGGCCAAUCGGCUGCAGACGCUGCAGAGCCACGCCGAGGCCUCGCUGAGCGGAGCGGCCGCAGACGAGGACUCUGUGGAGCGGCUCGCCGGCGACCUGCAGCGCGUUCAGAGUCUCCUGCAGAGCACCGACGCCCUGCAGGCCGACCUGGAGGAGGUGCUGGAGGCCUCCAAGGACCUGCUCGGCCACCUGGAACCUCCGGCCGCCGCUCUGGUCCAAUCGGAGAGCCGGCUGUUGUCACUCGGCGUCCAGCAGCUCGGCCAGAGGCUGAGGAGGAGGCGGAGCCAGCAGCAGGAAGAGCUCGGCCGGCUGCAGGAGUUUGAGGACGUCCUGGAGUCUCUGGAGGAGAAGCUGGAGCUCGGGGUGGAGCGUCUGCAGCAGACGGAGGAUCGGCCCACCGAACAGGCCGGCCUCCUGCAGCUCAGCGGUCCGUCUGCUGACUUGUCCGUGCUCAACGAGCAGAGCUGCGUUCUGACGCUCGGGGACGGCGCCGCACGCCGACUGCGGCGCCUCAACCAGCGCUGGGCCGCCGCCGCCGCCGGAGCCGAGGAGGCCUGCAGUGAGCGGCAGGCCGAGGCCCUGAGGCAGCAGAGCUUCCAGCAGCAGUGUGAGAGCUGGAUGAGCUUCCUGCAGAGGAUGGAGGAGGAGCUGGUGGAGGAGGUGAGUGGCUCCUACAGAGGCCUCAGGGAGCAGCUCUGCACUCACCAGAGGUUUCAGGCCGAGCUGUCCUGCGGUCACCUGAUCCUUCACUCCGUCAUCACCGAGGCUCUGCAGCUGCUGCACAAAGGAGAGGUGGAGGACAGGACCCUUUUCCUCCUGAAGCUCGCCCGGCUGCGGGAGCAGUGGCAGGGCGCGGUGCAGCGGGCCGAGCAGCGGCGCUCCCUGGUGGAGGGGCUGGUGAAGAGCUGGCACCUGUACGACCGCGGCCUGAGGAAGCUGAGCGGCUUCCUGUCGGAGACGCAGAGGCUCCUCCCCCCCGCCGGGCCGGCCCAAUGCAGCCUGCAGCAGCUGCGGCGCUGCCUGCACGACCUCCAGCACACAGAGCUGCUGUUCCAGAGGCAUCAAAGCGGCUUCAUCCACACUCUGGAGGUGGGCCGCCAGCUCUUCUCCAUGGGGGACCAGGAGACCCAGACACAGCUGCAGACGGAGCUGGGCGCCCUGCAGGACGAGUGGGACCAGCUGCACGGCAUGCUGGGCCGCCGGCUGCAGCUCACCGAGGCCGUCGUACAGAAGUGGGAGCGCUGCGAGGUCGGGCUGGCAGACGGAGCCCUGCAGCUCAAGGACCUGGAGGCCAGACUGAAGCAGUUGACGCCAGAGCUCGACCACGAGCUGCCGAUUGCAGAGCAAUACAAUCAGGAGAACGAGGACUCUCUGGAGGACUGGGUGGAGCGCCUGACGGAGCUGAGCACUAUGAAGACGGACCUGUCCCAGUACGUCAUCGCCGAGGACGUCCUGCUGCUGCAGGAGCAGGUGGAGCAGCUGCACUGCCAGUGGGAGGAGCUCUGCCUCAAGGCGUCUCUGCGUAAACAGGAAGUCGCCGGGCGGCUCAACGCGUGGGUCGUGUUCCACGAGAAGAACCAGGAGCUGUGCGAGUGGCUGACGCAGAUGGAGAACAAGGUGGAGCGCGACCACAACCUCGACAUCGAGGAGAUGGUGGAGAAGCUCAAGAAGGACUGCAUGGAGGAGAUGAGCUCCUUCAGUGAGAGUAAAGCCCACCUGCAGCAGCUGGGGGAGCAGCUGGUCACGGCCAACAGGACGGAGGAGACGGAGGUCCACGCCAAGCUGGGCGCCGUCAACGAGCGCUGGCAGCACCUGUUUGACCACAUCGAGGCCAGGGUGAGGAAGCUGACGGAGACGCUGGUGACGGUGCAGCAGCUCGACAGCAACAUGAGCAUCCUGAGGACCUGGCUGUGUCACAUGGAGGCGGAGCUUGCCGAGCCGGUGGUCUACGCCGUCUGCCACGGAGACGAGAUCCAGAGGAAGCUGGUGGAGCAGCAGGAGCUCCAGCGGGACAUCGAGCAGCACGCAGAGGCCGUGGCCGCCGUGCUGACGCUCUGCGACGUCCUGCUGCACGACGCCGACGCCCACGGCAACCACGCUGACGCCCACGGCAACCACGCCGAGAACGACUCCAUCAUGCAGACCAUGAGCAGCCUGGAGCGGCGCUGGAGGAACAUCUGCUCCAUGGCCAUGGAGAGGAGGAUGAGGAUCCAGGAGACCUGGCCCCUCUGGUCCCGGUUCCUGGAGGACUUCUCUCUCCUGGAGGUCUGGCUGCAGACGGCCGAGCUCAGCGCGGAGCAGCUGGACUCCUCCCACCUCCUCUACACCCAGGCCAAGGAGGAGCUCAAGAAGGUGGAGGCGUUCCAGCGCCAGGUCCACGAGCGCCUGGCCCAGCUGGAGCUGGUCAACACGCAGUACCGCCGCCUGGCCCGGGAGAACCGGACCGACGCCGGCCGCCAGCUGCAGGUCCUGGUGGGGAGGGGGAACCGCCGGUGGGAGGGCCUGCACAGAAGGGUGGGGGCCGUGCUCCGCCGGCUGAAGCACUUCACCUCCCAGAGGGAGGACUUCGAGGGGACCCGGGAGGGGAUCCUGGUCUGGCUCACGGAGAUGGACCUGCAGCUCACCAACGUGGAGCACUUCUCCGAGAGCGACGUGGAGGACAAGAUGAGGCAGCUCAACGGCUUCCAGCAGGACAUCACCCUGAACACCGACAAGAUCGACGCCCUCAUCGUGUUCGGGGAGAACCUGAUCCAGAAGAGCGCCCCGCUGGACGCCGUGCUCAUCGAGGACGAGCUGGAGGAGCUGCACUCGUACUGCCAGGAGGUCUUCGGGAGGGUGGCCCGGUUCCACCAGAGGCUGGUCAGCCGACGCCCGGUUCUGGAGGAGGAGAGAGGCCUAGAAGACACACACAGGGAGGAGGAGCUUCCAGCAGUGGGCGGAGUCUCAGCUGGACGGCGCCUCCUGGCUCCUCCCCCUGAGCAGUCGGGCAGAGAGACCCCUGUCAGCGUGGACUCCAUCCCCCUGGAGUGGGACCACACGGUGGACGUGGGGGGGGCGUCGUCACAGGAGGAGGAGGACGCCUCCUUCUUCAACGGCCUGUCAGUGAAGUCCGUGACCGACCCCCCCAGUUGGCAUCAGCCCGGUCGAGUUCCCGGAGAAAUCCUCCCCGGCCUGAGCGGCAGUACCUCCUUCCACCAGCAGGGCUACGCUAAGCUCAUGUCAGAGUGCAGCGGCAGCAUCAGCAGCGUGAAGAGGGUGCAGCUGAUCCUGAACGACGAGGAGGACCAGGAGGACCCGGGUCUGACCGGCAGCACGGCCGACAAGCAGACGAGCACAGGUGUGAUCGAGCGCUGGGAGCUGCUGCAGGUCCAGAGGUUCCACUGCCAGCCGGACCUGGACCAGGACCAGAAACAGGACCUGGACCAGGACCAGAAACAGGACCUGGACCAGGACCAGAACCUGGAGCAGGAGCAGCGUCAGAAGCUGAACUCUGACCUCUGCGAUGUCACUUCCUGGUUGGGCGGCGUGCUGCCGGAGCUCCAGAGGCUGCAGAGCAUCACGCCGUCCAGCAGCACCCGAGACAUGGAGCGCAACAUCCAGAAGCUAAAGGAGAUGCAGAAGACCUUCCACAGAUACAAGUUUCUGAUGAUCUCUUCCAACCUGAGCAGCCGCCGCUUCCUGCGGGGCGACGGCGCCGAGCAGGCGGAGCUUCGGGCCGCGCUGGGCUCGGCCAAUCACAGCUGGACGCUAGCCUGCGGCGGCCUGGAGAGAUGGGAGGGGCUUCUGCACGCCGGACUCAUGCAGUGUCAGGAGUUCCAUGAGACGCUCCACUCUCUGCUCCUCUGGCUCUCUCAGGCUGAGAACCAGCUGUCGGCGGUGGACGUGGACGAGCGCUCUCUGACGGCACUGCAGGAGGAGCUGCGCGGCCGCCAGCGGGAGGUCUCCUCGCUGCAGGAGAUCUCCUCCCGGCUCCUCCUGGAGGCCACGGGAGAGGACAGCCUGGAGGCCAAGGAGAAGGUCCACGUCAUCGGCAACAAGCUGCACCUCCUGCUGCGCCAGGUGUCCGGAGACCUGAGCGCGAUGCGGGGGAGACGGGAGGCUGCAGGUCUUCAUCAGGGUGCAGGUCUACAGGAGGGUGCUGGUCUUCAUCAGGCUGCAGGUCUACAGGGUGCAGGUCUACAGGAGGGUGCUGGUCUACAUCAGGCUCCAGGAGGUCCACUAGUGACUAAAAGGGAUGAGAGGAGGCCUCCCCCCCCCCGGCCCCCCUUCCUCCGGCGGGUGCUCCGCGCCGCCUUCCCGCUCCACCUGCUGUUCUUCCUGCUGCUGGUUCUGUCCUGCUUGGUGCCGCUGGCCGACGAGGACGACGGCUGCACCCGCUCCAAUAACUACGCCCGCUCCUUCUACCCCAUGCUGCGCUACACCAACGGGCCCCCACCCACGUGAGGCCCCACCCACGUGAUGGAGCCCUGAACAGGUGCAGAGAAGUGUCUCGAAGGCAUCAUAUUUAGUUUUCCUCAUUUAAAUGUGUUAUUGGUGUAUUUACUGUAACAUCAAUAUUGAUUGUCAUUUAUUAUGAAGGAAGAAAAACAAAAGAAGCAUAUCCCUGUUUGUUUGAAAAGGUUUUGUCCUUUUCUUAAACGUAGUUCUGCCACCAAACAAAUGUUAUUAUUAAAUUAUAACUAUUUUAAUACCUAUGGGAUAUUUUCGUGUUUGUACUUUCACGACAGACUAAAAAGGGACAUUUUUAAUACCCAGAAGCCACCAGAGAAUGUUUUACAGAAGGAAUUCACUUAUUGAUCACACAUGUUGUACAGAGACGUUCUGAGUGAUAUUUAAGACGUGAAGACUCUCUGGAGCCGACAGACCAGAACCACCAGAUCAUGAACUCUCAUCGGGUUAUUGAUGAUUACUUUGUAUAUCAGGGGAAAUAAGAGCUACAUUGAGUCAGAUACUCAAAUCUAUAUUUUAAAGACUCAGAUAUUUUCAUAUUUGUCCCCUUAGAUCUUUCAUUAAGAGUUAGGAGAUAAUUUCAAAUGAAAGUUAUAUCUAAAUAUAUCGUAACGAGAGUAUUUUGAUUAUCUCAGCAGAAAAGAAACAAGUGUGUGAUUUAUUUUGUGAACUUUUAUUUAUGGGAUGUAUAGUUUGUCUUCUGAUUGACAAUAAACAGUUUGCCUGG